GUGCUCACCUCCCUCCUUCCCCGACUUGACUCCGCCGCGGAUUCCCCGCCAGAUCUCGUUCCGCCCCCAACCCUAACCGCCGGCGGUGGCCAUGAUGGCCACCGAGCCCUUGUCCCCGGGGCAGUCCCCCGCCGCCGCCGACCUCGAAACCCUACCCCUCGACUCCUCCUCCUCCAGUGUCGCGGCCACGACCGACCCCUUGCUCCGCCCGCCUCCUUCCCCCUCGUCCGCCACCUCCUCUCCCACCGCCGACGCGAACCACGGCCCGUUCGGGGACGAGGACGAGGAGGAGGAGGACGGCGAUGCGGAUGGCGUCACUCCAGCGCCCGCUCCCCGCAGCGCGGCGGCCGCGACGCCCCGCGAGGCGUCCCCGGUGUUCGCUGAGAUCACUGUCUCCGAGCCUAGGAAGCACGCGGAGCCCGCCACGGGAGCCGUGGGCGUCAUUCCCGGCUCGGCCAGCUACGUGUCCUACCUUGUCGCCACCCGGGCGUCCGAUGGCGGCGAAUUCCGCGUGCGGCGGCGCUUCCGCGACGUCGUGGCGCUCGCCGACCGCCUCGCGGAGGCCCACCGCGGCCUCUUCGUCCCCGCGCGGCCCGACAAGAGCAUCGUAGAGGGGCAGGUCAUGCAGCGGCACGACUUCGUGAACCAGCGGUGCGUCACGAUCCAGCGCUACCUCCGCCGCCUCGCCGCGCACCCCGUCGUCGGCCGCAGCGCCGACCUCCACGCCUUCCUCACCGAGCCUGGCGGCAUCCCCACUUCAGACGGCGACUCGCCUAGGUGGAGCCCCGCGAUGAGUGCUGCCACGUCCAUGGCUGCUGCUGCUCCAGCAACGCCUACCAAGAGUGGGAGGGACUUCUUUGGGGUGUUCAAGGACCUGAAGCAGACAGUGACGAAUGGGUGGGUGGCUGUGAGGCCGCCUGCAGUGGAGGAGGAGACUGACACCAGGUACCUUGCACACAAAGCCAAGCUCGAGGACUUGGAGCAGCAUCUGGUGACAGCAUCUCAGCAGGCAGAGGUGCUUGUCAAAUCUUAUGAUGAUCUUAGAGCAACAACAGGUCUCUUGGGAAUGUCAUUCAUCAAACUGGCCAAGUUUGAAAAGGAGAAGGCUACGAGUGAUUCUCAGAAAAGACGAGCUGCUGAUAUCAGUAAUUUUGCAAAUGCUGUUGUUAGAGUUAGCAGAUCGCAGACAAAAUUAAAUGCUGAAAUUGUAAAACAUCUUGGCAUUAUCCACGAAUACAUGGAGACAAUGGCUGCUGUUCAUAAUGCAUUUGCUGAUCGUUCCAGCGCUUUGCUUCGUGUGCAAAAUUUGUCAGCGGAUCUAUAUUUCCUGCAUACCCGGGUGGAGAAGCUUGAAGCUGUAUCAUCUAGAGGAAUGGAUCAGGAGAGAUCAAGGUAUCAAAAGAUAGAAGAGCUGAAAGAAACAAUAAGAGCUACAGAAGAUGCAAAAACACAUGCGCUAAAAGCUUUGGAAAAUAUCAAGGAAAACAACAUUACUGAAAUUAAAAGAUUUAACAAGGAAAGACGCCAUGAUUUGGUGGAAAUGCUGAAAGGUUUUGUAUCAGAUCAGGCUACAUAUUCGGACCAUUUUGCUAGUGUAUGGACAAAGGUAGCAGAAGAUACAAAAGGAUAUGCGAACAGAACCAGGAAAAACAACCGAGACUGCUCCGCCUCUCUGAGGCCCUCCAUUUCUCCCCCAUCACUGGGCGCCGGCGGCGCGGGCGCGGCGCGCCUCUGUCGUCGUGUCAGCAGGGGGAGAAUGCUGCCGCACGCGCCGUCCCGAGCCCCGGGGGCCUUCAGGUUCAAACCCCACCUCCCCGCCAAGCCGCCGCUCCUCGCCUCCACCUCCACCCCCGCCUCGGCCUCCGCCUCCUCGCGCCGCAACCUUCUCAUCCUCGUCCCCUCGCUGGUCGCGGCGUCCACCGUCCUCCAGUCCCUCCCGCUCGCGGCCUCCGCCGAGGCAGGCGAUGAAAAGCCGGUCCCACCUCCGCCGGCGCCCGCGGCUCCGGCUCCGGCUCCCGCGGACGAGCCGGUGCUGUCGAGGGUCUACGACGCCACGGUCAUCGGGGAGCCGCAGGCCGUGGGGAAGGACGCGCGGCGGAGGGUGUGGGAGAAGCUGAUGGCGGCCCGGGUGGUGUACCUCGGCGAGGCCGAGCUCGUGCCCUACCGCGACGACAGGGCGCUCGAGCUCGAGAUUGUCAGGAAGCUGGCCGCCGGCUGUGCCGAGGCUGGGAGGAGCAUCUCGCUCGCGUUCGAGGCCUUCCCCUGCGACCUCCAGGAGCAGCUCAACCGGUUUAUGGACGGGAGAAUUGAUGGCAACACCUUAAGGCUUUAUACAUCUCACUGGGCACCAGAGCGAUGGCAGGAGUACGAACCUCUUCUGAACUACUGCCGUGAUAAUGGAAUAAAGCUUGUUGCCUGUGGAACUCCACUUGAGGUGGUAAGAACUGUCCUAGCGGAAGGAAUUAGAGGCCUUUCAAAAGCUCAAAGAAAGCUAUAUGCUCCUCCAGCUGGCUCAGGCUUCAUUUCUGGCUUUACAUCCAUCUCAGGCCGAUCAUUGAUAGACAAAAUUUCAUCAACUCGUGGUUCCCCUUUUGGCCCAAGCUCAUAUUUAUCGGCACAGGCAAGAGUAGUUGAUGAUUAUACCAUGUCCCAGACAAUAAUGAAAGAAAUUACUAAUGGCGAUCCUUCAGGGAUGCUCGUUGUUGUAACUGGUGCCAGUCAUGUUAUGUACGGGCCUCGAGGAGUUGGUGUUCCUGCUAGAAUAUCUAAAAAGAUGAAAAAGAAAAACCAAGUUGUGAUACUUCUUGAUCCUGAGAGACAAAGUAUAAGGAGAGAAGGUGAAAUCCCUGUAGCUGAUUUCUUAUGGUACUCUGCUGCCAAGCCAUGCAGUCGAAAUUGCUUCGAUCGUGCUGAAAUUGCUAGAGUUAUGAAUGCUGCUGGUAGGCGACGUGAAGCUUUACCUCAGGAUCUUCAGAAAGGAAUAGAUCUCGGUGUAGUUUCUCCUGAGAUAUUGCAGAACUUUUUUGACCUUGAAAAAUACCCUGUUAUGGCUGAAUUGAUUCACCGAUUCCAAGGUUUCCGUGAAAGGUUGCUGGCAGAUCCCAAGUUUCUGCAUAGAUUAGCUAUUGAAGAGGGCAUAUCAAUAACUACGACUCUUCUAGCGCAAUAUGAAAAACGGAAGGGAAAGUUUUUUGAAGAGAUCGACUAUGUUCUCACUGAUACAAUUAGAGGUUCUGUUGUUGACUUCUUUACAGUGUGGCUUCCUGCGCCUACUAUUUCACUCUUAUCUUUUGCCGACGAUGGCUCUGGUGAGAGCGUGGAGCUUCUGAAAGGACUUUUAGGGACACUGCCAGAUAAUGCAUUUCAAAAGGGUAUUGUAGGGCAGAAUUGGAGCAUUAACCAGAGAUUUGCAUCAGUGCUUAUGGGUGGUAUUAAACUUGCCGGUGUUGGAUUCAUUUCUAGUAUUGGAGCUGGAGUUGCUUCAGAUGUCUUAUAUGGUGCUCGUCAAAUUCUGAAACCUUCUGCAAGCAUGGAAGUGGGGUGCAAAAGAUCUCCAAUUUGGAAAGCAGCAACUGUUUAUAGUUGCUUCCUUGGAACGUCAGCCAACCUGCGAUAUCAGGUCAUAGCUGGUCUGAUUGAGCAUCGGCUAGGAGAGGAUCUGAUGGCCCACUAUAACCAGCCACUUCUUGCUAAUUUAUUAUCCUUUGUUUCAAGGAUAAUUAAUUCAUACUGGGGAACACAGCAAUGGAUCGAUCUUGCACGAGCUACAGGUGUGCAGAGUACUAAGAAAGAGUUACCUUCUCCUGAGGUUCCAAACUCAACUGAAAUGCCACUCCUAGAAUGUGGCACAACAGAUGUACAGAAUGUGGAUGACAGCACCAACCAAUCAAAUGACUUGACAUAGUCAUGACACGAUGGCCGUGGCCUAAUUUGGUGUGGCCAUACAACACAAAGAGCAGCUCCUUCUGUAACAAAACGUACACGAUACAGUCGUACAGGCAUAUAGAUGAGAAGUCUUCUUAGAGCAAAGAUUGAAGCUUAGCCGUUGCAUGACGUGAAGCGACAAAUCUGAAAUUCUGAAGAGCAAAGAUUUGAAGACUGUCACGUCAUUGUGAAAGCCAUUUUUACACCCUUAUGGGGCGAAUACUGUUUGUACAUUCGCAGAGGAGUAGAGAUUUUGAAACCUGUACAGCAUCUUUACACGUGAAAUUCAACCCAAGAACAAUCAUGGGUAUUGGCGUUUGUCAAGGAUCAGAAUUGUCGUCCGUGAGAACCUUGUAUGCACUUGAAUUCAGAGUACAUGUAAAAUUUUCCUGUCUGAGCGGAUUGUUCCA